AUGGCAUCAGAUGUUUCCACGCUGGGUGCAGCCAUCAGCUCUGGGAACCCCGGACCGGGUGCACAAGCUGGAGGAGCCAUCGCUCAGAGAGCCAACAAGAGGCGUUCUGGGCUUGAUUUUGAUGAUGAUGGAGAAGGGAACAGUAAGUUCCUCAGAUGUGAUGAUGACCCGAUGCCAAAUGAUAAAGAGAGAUUUGCCAGGUCUGAUGAUGAACAGAGUUCAGCGGAUAAGGAGAGACUUGCCAGGGAAAAUCACAGCGAGAUUGAACGUAGGCGGAGGAACAAGAUGACUGCCUACAUCACAGAGCUGUCAGAUAUGGUGCCCACCUGCAGUGCCCUGGCCCGCAAGCCAGACAAGCUCACCAUCUUGCGCAUGGCUGUCUCUCACAUGAAGUCCCUGCGUGGCACAGGCAAUACCUCCACUGACGGCACCUACAAACCCUCCUUUCUCACUGACCAGGAACUCAAACACUUGAUCCUGGAGGCGGCCGACGGCUUUCUCUUCAUAGUGUCGUGUGAGACUGGGAGGGUGGUGUAUGUCUCCGACUCUGUGACUCCUGUCCUGAACCAGCCCCAGUCCGAAUGGUUCGGCAGCACCCUGUAUGACCAGGUGCACCCCGAUGACGUGGGCAAGCUGAGGGAGCAGCUCUCCACAUCGGAGAACGCACUGACAGAAGGAACCAAACCCUGGUGCCUUUCUAACAAGGAUCCUGCAGCCCCCCCUGAGAAUGCAUCUAAAGGUCGCAUCCUAGAUUUGAAGACAGGGACUGUCAAGAAGGAAGGCCAGCAGUCCAUGAGGAUGUGUAUGGGUUCACGAAGAUCGUUCAUCUGCCGAAUGAGGUGUGGCAACAGCUCGGUGGAUCCAGUCUCUGUAAAUCGUCUCAGCUUUAUGAGGAAUCGCUGCAGGAACGGCUUAGGUGCAGCAAAAGAUGGCGAACCUCACUACGUUGUGGUGCACUGCACAGGCUACAUAAAAGCCUGGCCCCCCGCAGGUGUUUCACUACCCGAUGAUGACCCGGAUGCUGGCCAGGGCAGCACGUUUUGCCUCGUGGCUAUUGGCAGGCUCCAGGUCACUAGCUCACCCAACUGCACAGACAUGAACAAUGUUUGUCAGCCAACAGAGUUCAUCUCCCGACACAACACCGAAGGCAUUUUCACCUUCAUAGAUCACCGCUGUGUGGCUACAGUUGGCUACCAGCCACAGGAACUUCUGGGGAAAGACAUUGUGGAUUUCUGCCACCCAGAAGACCAACAGCUUUUGCGGGACAGCUUUCAGCAGGUGGUGAAGUUAAAAGGCCAGGUUCUGUCAGUCAUGUUCCGAUUCCGAUCCAAAAACCGGGAAUGGCUCUGGAUGAGAACCAGCUCCUUUACCUUCCAGAACCCCUACUCGGAUGAAAUUGAGUACAUCAUCUGUACCAACACCAACGUCAAGAACUCGAGCCAGGAGUCUCGGCCUGCCCUGUCAAACUCAAUGCAGAGGCCCCAGCUCGGGCAGAGUGUCAGCCUUCCCCUGGAGAUGGGCACGGCACAGCUGCCCUCAAGGCAGCAGCAGCCGCCACAACAGACAGAGCUGGAAGUGGUCCCAGGAAGAGAGAGCCUGUCUGGUUACGACCACUCACAGGUUCCCGUUCAGCCUGUGGCUGCUGCUGGCCCAGAGCACAGCAAGCCCUUGGAGAAGACGGAGAGCCUUUUUAAUCAGGAGCGGGACCCAAGGUUCAGCGAAAUCUACAGCAGUAUCAAUACAGACCAGAACAAAGCCAUUCCUGCCAGCACAGUGCCUGCCAACCAGCCCCUCUUUACACAGGGAAACACUUUCACCCCAUCGCGACCUGCCGAGAACUUCAGGAGCAGCAGCAUGGUACCUCCUGUGAACAUUAUUCAGCAGCAGCCCUCCUCAGCGGGCCGGAUCUUAGCCCAGAUUUCACGCCACUCCAACCCAGCUCAGGUCAGCGGAACCAACUGGGCUCCAGGGACGCGGCCAGCGUUCACACCCCAGCAAGUGGCAUCCCAGACGGUGAAGACUCGUCCCCCUUCAUUCAGCAUGGGGACUUUCCAGGGCACCCCGUCCUCCUUCAGCCCUAUGACAGCGCCUGGCUCUACGGCUUCCCCUACCGGGGCUGCUUACCCGAACCUUGCCAGCCGUGGCACGGGCUUCACCACGGAGGCAGCGCAGACCCCUGCCCCAUUCCAGACGCGGGCAGCCGAAGGUGUGGGGAUGUGGCCGCAGUGGCAAGGACAGCACCACGGCCCGGCGUCCGGGGAGCAACACGUGCAGCAGCCGCAGCCAAGCCAGCCUGAGGUCUUCUCAGACAUGCUGACGAUGCUGGGAGACCAAGGACCCAACUACAACAGCGAGGAGUUCCCAGAGUUGAAUAUAUUCCCUUCUUUUUCAGAAUAAAAUAAGCUCUAGGGGAAGCAAAUCAUAGCUAUACAUAAUAUCCACGUGUAAAGGAAAACACCUAAGUCUUUUUCAAAGACUGCUGAACUUUCUAAACACUUCCUACCUUCUGGAGGCGAAACUCUGCCCGACAGCCUGGAGGAUGGACGGCCAUGCAGGAGGAGGGUGUUGUGCUUUCGGGCACCUCCUCUGUGCGGUGCUGGCAGUGGGGGACUGUUCGCCCGGAGGCUUCAGGACUCGAGUGCUGCGACAGAAGCUGCACUCAUUGACCGAAGGCCCCGUGUUUCCGGAGCCGCUGCCGGCGGUUUUCGUUCUGCACGCCGGGUUGGUCGGAGGGAUUCCUGUCUGGAUUACAGACAGCCCCUCCAAACUCAUAAGGUGGCUUUUACUGUUUUUAUUUCAAUCUAUACCAUGACUUUUUUUUCUAUAAAACACAAAGUAUUGUAACUUUUUAAAUAUUGGAAGAAACUCUUCCAAGCGUUAA